GGUAACAUUCAAACCUUGAGUGCUGCUGAUCUUGACAGAUAUGAUGCAGAUGCAUGGCUUUUAUCUCCUCCUUGCCAACCGUACACUCGCCAAGGUCUACAGAAAGGGUCCAGUGAUGCUAGAGCUUUCUCUUUUCUCAAAAUUCUUGAACUUAUACCGCAAAUUUCCCGACCUCCGCUCAUUCUAUUUGUUGAGAAUGUUGUUGGAUUUGAGAUAUCUGAUACACAUACGAAGAUGCUUGAAAUAUUGAGUGAAAAUCAUUUUGUUACACAAGAGUUUAUUUUGAGCCCGUUGCAGUUCGGUGUGCCAUAUUCCAGGCCACGUUAUUUUUGUUUGGUUUAUGAAUUUCUAUGCGCGAAAAGGAAACCUCUGUCUUUUCAGAACCCACAAUUUAAUAAUGAACUUCUUUGGGCUCCAGGCCCUUUUCUUGGGAGUGAUGGUUGCAUG